UCUCGCUUUCGCAGGGCCUUCCCCGCGGUCCGUGCGCGCAGGCGGCGGCGAGCCGUCUCGGACGCAGCAUGCAGGCGCGCUACUCCGUGUCCGACCCCAACGCCUUGGGAGUGGUGCCCUACUUGAGCGAGCAAAAUUACUACCGGGCGGCGGGCAGCUACGGCGGCAUGGCCAGCCCCAUGGGCGUCUACUCCGGCCACCCGGAGCAGUACGGCGCGGGCAUGGGCCGCUCCUACGCGCCCUACCACCACCACCAGCCCGCGGCGCCCAAGGACCUCGUCAAGCCGCCCUACAGCUACAUCGCGCUCAUCACCAUGGCCAUCCAGAACGCGCCCGAGAAGAAGAUCACCCUGAACGGCAUCUACCAGUUCAUCAUGGACCGCUUCCCCUUCUACCGCGAGAACAAGCAGGGCUGGCAGAACAGCAUCCGCCACAACCUGUCGCUCAACGAGUGCUUCGUCAAGGUGCCCCGCGACGACAAGAAGCCGGGCAAGGGCAGCUACUGGACGCUGGACCCGGACUCCUACAACAUGUUCGAGAACGGCAGCUUCCUGCGGCGCCGCCGGCGCUUCAAGAAAAAGGACGUGCCCAAGGACAAGGAGGAGCGGGCCCACCUCAAGGAGCCGCCCCCGGCCGCGGCCAAGGGCGCCCCGGCCGGGCCCCCUCUAGCGGACGCCCCCAAGGACGUCGAGAAGAAGCUGGUGAUCAAGACCGAGGCGGCGUCGCCGGCGCUGCCGGCCAUCACCAAGGUGGAGACGCUGAGCCCCGAGAGCGCGCUGCAGGGCAGUCCGCGCAGCGCGGCCUCCACGCCCGCCGGCUCCCCCGACGGCUCGCUGCCCGAGCACCACGCCGGCGCGCCCAACGGGCUGCCCGGCUUCAGCGUGGAGAACAUCAUGACGCUGCGAACGUCGCCGCCGGGCGGCGAGCUGAGCCCCGCGUCCGGGCGCGCGGGCCUGGUGGUGCCGCCGCUGGCGCUGUCGUACGCGGCCGCGCCGCCCUCCGCCUACGGCCAGCCGUGCGCGCAGGGCCUGGAGGCCGGGGGCGCGGGGGGCUACCAGUGCAGCAUGCGCGCCAUGAGCCUGUACACCGGGGCCGAGCGGCCCGCGCACAUGUGCGUCCCGCCCGCGCUGGACGAGGCCCUCUCGGACCACCCGGGCGGCCCCACGUCGCCCCUGAGCGCCCUCAACCUCGCCGCAGGCCAGGAGGGCGCGCUCGCCGCCGCCGCCGCGGGCCACCACCACCAGCAUCACGGCCACCACCACCCGCAGGCGCCGCCGCCCCCGCCGAUGAUGCUGGCGCUGGAUUCCAGGAGGGUAGUCCAGCCGGCUCUCUCCUUCCCCAGGCUUUUCAUAGAGUCCGCCCUGAAAGUGCGUCCUCCUCUCAAGAUUCGGAGUUCAGCGGAGGUUUGA